UGCAGUUCAGUGUGUGCUCCACAGGGGGCGUUCACUCAGCGGAGCUCGAGACUGAAGCGCGUUCAUCAUCAUCAUCAUCAUCAUGUCCACGGCGGAUCACACAGUCAUGCACGGCAUCUGGGGCAGGAACGCGCCCGCGGAGAACGCGAUGGAGACGCCGAAGAACAAGGGCUUCAGCCUGAUCAGGAUGAUGUCUCCAAAUUACAGGAAGGAGAACAAGAAUCUAGCACAGCAGCAUCACAACAUGCCCUUCAUGAUUCACUGCCACAUCGGUAAAGAGAUCAAACACAUAUGCAGCAACUGUAGCCGCGGCAGCCACGCGCAGCACGAGGAGGUGGAGAAACUGGCCUCGAUCCACUCCGAGUCCCUGGUGUCCGGAUCACACGCAGCACCCAUCCACUGCAGGAGCAGGUUUGCCACUCUGGGACGCCUCUUCAAACCCUGGAAGUGGAGGAAGAAGCAGAGUGAGAAGUUCAAGCAGAGGUCAACCGCUCUGGAGAGGAAGAUGUCUGUGCGUCAGAGCCGAGACGAGCUGAUCAAGCGAGGAGUGCUGAAGGAGAUCUUUGAGAAAGACUCCAGAGCGACGGCUGUGACUCCAGAGAACAGACUGCUGUCUGACUGUGAGCGGACCGCAGAGGACAGACAGAGGACCGCCACCGUUGAGUUCCGUGCGGCUCUGGACGGAGGACUCCGUGCUCAGGAAAACACGCUCAAGUCGCUCACACUUCCUCCCAAGAAAACCGUUACCUUCCCCAGUGACCUUCAGGAGCCACCGGCCAAACCUCAGCUCAUCCACAAACAGCCUCCCGCCCUGCCGCCCAAACCCUUCUCCAGACGGACCAAUCACAGCACAGGUGAGACACAGACCUGCUCCAGACUGACCAAUCACAGCACAGACCCGUGUCAGACGCUGAAGGUGUCGUGUCUGCAGGGAAAGCCGUCUCCUCCUCUUCCUCCUAAGAAGCUGAUGCUGUACUCGUACUCCUCCUCAGCGCUCUCGUUCGCUCCCUGCAGUCACCCGUCGGACCGCAUCAUCGACGAGCUGCAGAAGGCUCUGGCGCUCGCCAUGCAGAGACUCGACAGCUCUGCGGUUCACAGCGCUCCUCUCCGGGCCGUGGUGAUCGACUGUGAUGAUGAUAAAGAGAACAUCCCCAACGAGUCUGACUAUGAGGACCUGCCCAGCAUGUACAAGGAUGAAGAGCAGGAGGAGGAGGAGGAAGAGGAGGAUGACGACGAUUCGCUAUUUACAAGCACUCUGGCGCUGAAGAUCUUGAGAAAGGACUCUCUGGCGGUGAAGCUGAGUAACCGGCCGUCUCCGAGAGAACUGCAGGAGAAGAACAUCUUACCUGUUCAGACGGACGAGGAGCGACUGCAGUCCAGACAGCUGAUCGGCACCAAACUCACCCGGAGACUGAGUCAGAGACCCACGGCUGAAGAGCUGGAGCAGAGGAACAUCCUCAAACCUCGUAAUGAGCAGGAGCAGAUGGAGGAGAAGAGAGAGAUCAGACACAGACUCUCACGCAAGCUGAGUCAGAGGCCGACGGUGGAGGAGCUGCGGUACGCUAAGAUUCUGAUCCGCUUCUGUGAUUACGUGGAGGUGGCAGACGCUCAGGACUACGACAGACGCAGUGACAAACCCUGGACCAGACUCACAGCGGCCGACAAGGCUGCCAUCAGGAAAGAGCUGAACGAUUUCAAGAGCAAUGAGAUGGAGGUACACGAGUCCAGCCGUCAUCUGACCAGGUUUCACCGGCCGUAGAGGAACAGUGCUGACCGUCAGGUCACGAGCUGGACACUUCUGCACAGAGACCUCAUCACCAUCCUCCUCAGAUCAGUGGAUUCUCAGCGUGGGAC